AUGACCACCUCAACCAAGAAAAAAUGUGGCAUUCUAGGAAUUACGGGCUCCGUCGGGCAGAGGUUUGCUCUCCUCCUCGAGGACAAUCCAGUGCUCGAAAUUCACGCAAUUGGGGCGUCGUCACGAUCAGCAGGCAAGCUUUACAAGGAUGCCGUACGCUGGAAGCAAGCUCGACCUAUGUCGAAAGAGCUAGGCAAUCUCAAGGUUGUUGAAUGUAAAGCGAGCAACUUCAAAGACUGUGACCUUGUCUUUUCAGGGCUGGACAGUGAUGUUGCGGGAGAGAUUGAGAUGGAAUUCCUGAAGGCUGAGAUACCAGUCUUCUCCAACGCAAAGAACUACAGAAAAGACCCAAAGGUGCCAUUAGUUGUGCCUACUGUUAACGUUAAUCACUUAGACCUUGUCCACCACCAAAGACAACAUUUUGGUCUGAAGAAGGGCUUCCUUGUCUGCAACUCGAACUGUGCAGUGAUUGGCGUCGUCAUACCGUUUGCUGCUAUUCAAGCUAAGUUUGGUCUGGUUGAAGAAGUUGAGGUUACUACGUUACAGGCUGUCUCUGGAGCUGGCUAUCCCGGUGUACCUAGCUUGGACAUCUUGGACAACAUUGUGCCAUAUAUUGCAGGUGAAGAAGACAAGCUCGAAAACGAGGCGCAGAAGAUUCUUGGUGCUCUCAACGCCGAUGCCACAGCUUUUGAGGAGCAGAAGGGACUCACGAUUGGUGCUACAUGCACAAGAGUACCUGUCAUCGAUGGUCAUACAGCCUGCGUCUCGCUGCGAUUUCAGAAUCGAGAUAAGAUUCCGAGUGCAGAGGAGAUCAAGACAGCCAUGAGAGAAUACAUCUCAGAAGCACAGAAGCUCGGAUGUCAAUCAGCACCAGAGCAGGCAAUUGUUGUGUUCGACGAGCCUGACCGACCACAGCCACGAUUAGACAGAGAUCUUUCGGGAGGAUACGCUGUCAGUGUAGGAAGAGUGAGAGAGGCAGCCAAGGGUUCACAUUUCGAUAUCAGAUUUGUCGCAUUAAGUCACAACACGGUCAUCGGCGCUGCUGGUUCGUCGAUACUGAAUGCAGAAGCAGCCAUUCUGAAAGGACUGAUAUAG